CAUAGAAGAAGAAAAAGAAGAGACGAUUUUUGUUGACGGCUGUUAUGACAACAACGCAUUUAAUGCACUUUAAGGACAGGAAAUAGUAUUUAUUGAUAUAUUUUAAGAAUAAUAAUUAUAAUUCACCGAUAUGUUUAGUGACGAGCAUCAAAUGUCUGUGAGUAUUGAGUCGUCAUGGACAAAAUGUCAGCAUUUGGCCCAGGAAUCGAGAGGCUGUCAGACCAGAGUGAUUGACAGCAGUGAAGCAGGAGUACAAAGUGUGUGUAGUGUGAUGAGAAGUACUCAGACUGAUCAGCCGGAUCAUUUAAGUCCAAAGCUCCUUCAGGAUCAACAACACGAGCUCCAUUCCGAGGGCCUGAAGGAGUUUGUGCGCGGCGUGGAAGCCGCCGUCAUCAGAGAGCUGGUCAGGAAUGCCAAGAGUCACGCGUUUGAUGACUUUCAGGUCAACUGGGAAGAACGCAAUCAGAAGGUGUUGUGUCUUCACCAACUUCAACACCCCAAGGCCGUCGAGCGAUGUCUUCACGUGACGAGCGUGUCGUGGACUUGUACCGGAGCGUCCAUCGCCUGUGCUUAUGGGCGGAUGGCGGAAGGGGACUGGAACCAGGACAAGUCCUACGUUUGCAUGUGGAACUUAGACCAUAGAGGUCUGAAGCCUCAACAAGCGGACGUGGUCAUCAGCGUUUCUACGGCAGUGACGUGUCUGUGCUGCCACCCCAAGCAGCCGGCCCUCAUCGCGGGUGGUUUGUACAGCGGAGAAGUGCUGGUCUGGGACACCAGUCAGACCACAGACCCGGUGCUGGCACAAACUGGCAUGUCAGCAGACAGUCACAGAGAACCUGUUUGUCAGGUGACGUGGGUGUCCCUGAACACCAAAGGAGAGUUUGGUGUACUGAGCGCAUGUUCAGGAGGAAGACUUCUGCUGUGGACUCUGAAUUCCGAGCAAGGAAGAUUUGAUGUGAAAUCAGCUUUUAUUUUGAUCCAACAACAGAUUCCUUCCUGCGGCACCAACUUCAAAGUCCAAGGAACUGUCACAGUGGGCGUCACCUCCAUGGAUCUGUCCACCUGGGACCCAGACACUCUGAUUGUUGGUUCUGAGGGUGGUCUUCUGCUGAGAUGCUCUCUGUCCUCACAAACACCCGCUGCUCUUCCACCUGAAAGUCAAAGUGUUCCACUGAGAGCUCCCGCGGUCUUCUCUUUCAAACCUGGCAGUGGCCCUGUCCACUCCAUACACUGCUCACCUUUUCACAGGAAUCUGUUUCUGAGUGCAGGGACAGACGGUCUAACCCACCUGCAUUCUCUGCUGCAAAACAACCCUCUGCUGUCACUACGAGUGUCUGACAGCUACGUCUUCAAAGUGCAGUGGUCUCCAAGCCGACCUUUGGUCUUUGCUGCAGCCACUGGACAAGGUGAGGUGCAAAUAUUCGACCUGAGUGGAAGAUCACUAAGACCAGCAGCCACCAUCGGUCCAGAAGGCGUCAACAAGGCCGCCACGUGUUUGGCCUUCAACGCGCAGAAUGGCGGCCUCCUGGCUGUAGGAGGAAGUGACGGCGUGGUCAGCGUUUGGAAACUCAGCACCGAUUUGAGCGAGCAGAAGCCCACAGAGACUCACUUCCUGGAGCAAAUAGCCAAUCAAGCAGCGGAAUGAUCAACACAUAUAAUGUGACAAGCUACAAGCUAGAUCUUGUUUUAUUACAUGUUUUGUGUUCCUGGUCUUCUACUAUUCACAUUUACACCUCCUACUCUUAAUUAUUGAUAGAUUUUGUUCGCUGGACAUCAAGGGUAUUCAACUUUUUACAGGCCAAGGACCCGCAAACUUUACAAAACAUGUACACUCAUCACUAGGUGACAACUAACGCGCUAAUCGCUACCUUAAAUCAAAGGAAAUGUGAAGGUUACUUUUUUUGUGGGUUUUCUUUUAUUCUUUAUCUUUGUGUGGAUUAUAUUUUCAAUCUUUCUGUAAACAUGACUCACCUUUACUUGGUUAUCUGGAAAAUGUAUAAAAAUAUAUUUGAUAAAACGUGCAAA